GAAGUCAGUGUGGAGAAAAAGAGAGCCCUGGCUCUGGACAGGCGAGCCCUAGAAUGCAAAAGGGAUAGUCAAGAAUAUGGAGAAAAAUUGCCAGUAGCAAUAGCCUCUUUAGUAGGUACCAGUAAGCAACUCACUAUGUUAAGGAAACCAGAGCCCCCACCAAAACCCAAAUAUCCAAUGGUUGUUCGUCCAAAAUUACGGUUCAAAUCUCCUGUCUUUCUAUCAAAAGCUGGUACUUACACUGAGCAGCCGGAGGAAGAAAUAUUAUCUGAACACGCCACUGCAGGACCAAGCACUCUUGCUAGAGGAGUUGACUCUUUUUCUGUGGUUUCCCCCUCGAGUGAAAGUUUUUCUAAAAUUGGUAAAGAAACAUCAAAACCAAGUCUAUUAAGUUCACUGUUAGACUUAGACAAAUCACAUAGAAAAAAAAGCAGCGGCUCACCUGGUGUGAAGUCUGCUGUAGGUUCUGUGGAAGAAGCUCUUGCUCGUAGUAGAUCAAAAACACAGGUGAAGCAUUUCACACAGAGUAAGUCACAAAUUCAUGCUUCUGUUCAGAAGUUGCCAUCUGGAUCUGGAAUUGUUCCACGGUCUAUUGAUGAAAUAAUUGCAUCCCUGAAGUCAACUGCUCCAACUGAAUCAGACCUGAGGAUCAAAGAACUCCUGCAGAGUAUUCUUGGCGAGGACUACAACAUAAAAAUAGAUCUACCUACUGUUCAGAAAGAAAUUCAGCCCGCUGAAGUGGAGUCUACAGUUGCAGAAGUUAUACCCGUGGAAACAAAACCGAUAGAACUGCCAACACCUGUUACAAAAGAACCCUGGACCACAGAAUUUGAAUCUCCUGUUGAAACUCCCACUGAACAAGUAACACCAGCAGAUGCUGAACAAACAGAGGAAAUAUCUGCAAGACCACGUGAGGAAAGUAUUUCCCAUGGAGUGCAGCAGGAAGCUUUAAAAGAGAGGGAAGGUGCUUUUGAAGUUGGGGAAAUACCAGGAAGCGUACAAAGGGGGAGUAUUUCCUUCAGAGUGCAAGAGGAAGCAUCAAAACCAGGAAAAGAUUCUGUCAUAAUGCAGGAUAUGCCAGCAUGCCCACGUAGGAGUAUUAUCUUCAAAGUACAACAAGAGACAGCAGACAUAGAAGAUACUGUCAGAAUUGAGGCACAGGAAGAAAGGGCUGAAAAACCUAGAGAAAAAAUACUUCCUGGAUCAAAAGCAUCUUCGCGAGAGGGACUGAUUAUACAGGAAAGUGAAGAGUUUUCAUGGUUAGAGGGUGAACAGUUACCAGAGUCAUCUUCUGUAAUACUAAAGCACUUGAAGAAAGUCACAAAAGAAGAAUCAGAGGAGUCUCUGUAUUCAGAUAUGGAUCUGUCAAUAAAAGGGAAAAAAAUUACCAAGGUUGAACCAACUGAAAUUCAGAAAAGUUUAGAAGAUUUUUCUGAACAACAACCUGUGUCUCUACUUUCCACAUGGACUACAAAGAUCAAGGAUGUGGAUUAUCCACUUAUUCACCUUCUAUGUACAGCUUGUCCUAGAUGUGUAUUGCCUGUUCAUCUUCAGUUUGUGUCUAGAGUAUGCCACACGUUAGACAAAAAAGGCCAUAAUAUUUUAUUGCCAUCAAUUAAUCUUGGCUCCUACAAACCAGAAGAGCUUUUCCCAGCUGUUGCUGCUCUUGAGGAGAAGAUGGAAAGAAAAAGAAUUUGUAAUGAAGGUCUUCCUAUUUCUGAAGUAUAUCAGUGCAGUCAGGAAGAUGGAGUUAAGAUUUUGCCUCCACCGAAAACUAUGCCAGAAUGGAAAAGGGCAGCUGAGCUUUAUGUUGAAAAACCUCAACUGGAAUUAUUAGGGAAGAAAGUCGAAUUUCAUCCAGGCUCCCUCAAAAUGUUUUGGACACCAGCUCCGCAAAAAUUUUCAGCUCCUCUUUCUGUAAUGAAGGAAACCUUAUUUUCAAAGUAUGAGAGUAAUGUAAUUAAUGGAGUUAUUUGUGAAGACUUUUCUUGUGAUCUUCGAGAUGAAGAAGAAUCAGACUCUGAUGAGGACUUUGACAAUUUGCUUGCAAAUCUUACAAUAGAUGAAAGAAGUAAAUCCUGUCCACAGCUUUCAUUUACUUCAAAUGAGACAGAGAUAGAUUACAUUAAAAGGUCAAAUAGUGCACCAGAAUUGUCAUUCUACAGAGACAAAACACAUUUUAAAAUUUCUGCAGAUUUCAAAACCACUAUGGAAGAACUAAGAGUUAUGAAGAAACACAUUUCUUCAGCAGAUAUUCAGGUUAUGAUGCCAGAGGAUGAAGUUUCUCCAGCAAAGCUUCUUAGUUCAAUAGAUGAGAAUGUCCCUGGCCUUCCAAAAAUGUCUCCUACUACAAAUCAAGAUAUUGAUUCAUUACUCACAAAAACUAUGAAAGGACCAACUAUAAGUCUUUCCCCUUCCACACCAGAGCCUGAGCAACCUACUGAACCUUCCCUGCCUCUGGGUGACACCAGUCUUGCUGAAGCAUCUCGAAAAGCUGGAAUCACAUAUAUUAUCUUCCCCAAGAAAAAAAGAAAGAGAUCAUUGAAAUCAGGGAAAUAUGUUACUCCUCAAGUAUUGGAAACUAUAUGUGAGAAAUUAAAUAAACCUCCAAGAAUUCUUGAAAGGUCUGUUUCUCUUGGGAGGCUUCAUAUACAUAAUAAAUUUAUCAUCAAAGUGUCUCAAGCAGUUCGCCAUUAUCGAAGUCCAAGCCUCCCUUGUCAUUUAGAUUUUGAAAAAUUUGUAGAAAAGAAAGGUAGAUUACCUGGAGAUUCUAAUGAUUACCGUUGGGUCCAAAUGAUCUGGAAUAAGUGGUUUGAUGAGCUGUACCCUCCUAGUACACCAUCUUCUGAAGAUAUGCCAGCAUCAGGCAGAAAAGACGUGGAAGAGGAAACAAAGGAAAAAGAACUAACUGACACAGUGAAUCCACUUCUGUUGGAAGGGAAAACAGAGGAAAAUGAACAGUGUCAAUCUGAAAUUGAAAGAAUAACCCAACAGAUAAAUAAAGGUUAUUUAUCUGCAUUUAACUAUUGUAGGCGUGGAGCAAUCUAUAGGAAAAUAGGGAAAAUGCAGACAGCUAUGGAUGACUUGGAAAAAGCAAUAAGUUUGGAGCCAACACUGGCUGAUGCUUACUGGCACAGGCACUUACUUUUUCUUUACCAAAAUAAAAUUAUUCCAGCAUUAGAAGACCUGAAUUUUAUAAUCAAGUACAACAAAAACAAUGCAGAUGCAUAUAUGUCAAGGGCUGAUAUAUACAGAAGACAAGGAGAUAAUUCUUUAGCGAUUAUAAACUACACUCUUGCUGCAAGAUGUAGGCCUACAGAUGAUGAAGUAUAUUACAAGCGAGGUGAAACCCAUGAAGAAAAUGGAGACCUACUACUGGCAAUGGAAGAUUAUACCAAAUGCCUUUACUAUAAUCCAAAAAGAAUAGAUGCGCUUAUGAAGCAUGGAAUAUAUUACUUUGACAAAUCAGCUUGGAGUGUAGCUAUUAAUGAUUUUACAACUGUGGUUGAAGAAGAUCCAAGACAUGCUGAGGCAAGGACCUAUCGAGGAAGAGCAUAUCUUAAAUUAGAGCAGUAUCAAAAUGCAACUGAAGACUUAUGCGCUGCAAUACACUUGAACCCUCGUAAUUGGAUUGCCUAUUACUAUAGAGGUUGUAUUUUGCGAAAGAUAAAUAGAAAACAAGCCUUACAAGACUUGAGUGUUUCUGUUCUUCUCAAUUAUAGCUAUGACAAUCUUCGUGCUUUCCUUCACCGUGGAAUCUUGUAUGCAGAACUGAAACAGUGGGCACUGGCAAUCUGUGAUUUUCAAAGCGCAUUAGCACUGGACAGGACUCUUACCACAGCUUAUGUAAACAUAGGACUAAUUAUGAUGUUGCAUCAGGAUCAUUAUUUUGAAUCUAUUCGACAGUUCACUCGUGCCAUUCAGGUUGAUCCCUUAGAUACCAGACCUUACUUGUGCAGAGCUCAAGCAUAUCAGCGGAUUCAUAACUUAAAGAAGGCAGUUAGAGAUAUAAACAGAGCCAUUCAUCUCUACCCCUGUUCAGCCCACUUAUACUUAACAAGAGGACAGUAUUUACUGGAGAUGAGGAAGUAUGAACUUGCAAGUUUCUGCAUACGUCAAGUGGCAGAAAUGGACGCGGGAUCCCUUGAAUGUUCUCUUGUUCAAGAAGCACUUGUUCAGUCAUUUUGUCAGAAUCAUAACAAGGCUAUUGAGUGUGCUCUAGCAGCUACCAGAAAACAACCUGAACAUCCCCUGUUUGUUUUACUUGGAAAAAUCCAAAUGAAAGCCAAAAAACACAAGGAUGCAGUGGUCAGUUUUACAGAAGCUCUGAAGCUGCUUACUGGUACUGCGAAGAACCCGCCUAAUACAUUUGAGGCUGCAGAAAUGUAUUUUUUAAUGGGACAAUGCUACAUGGAACAAAUCUGUUUAUUAGAGGCAUAUUUAAGUCGUGCUGCUUAUUAUGGGAGCAAAGGAAGAUUCUCGAAGGCAAUAAUGAAUUGUAAUGAAGCCAUCAAAUUAAAGCCUAGAAGUGUGAGAGCCUAUCUUUACAGAGGAGCACUGAAAUGUUAUAAUAGGACCUACAAACAUGCUGUUGAAGAUUUAACUAAAUCUAUUGACCUGGAUAAAACAUGCAUUCUGGCAUUUUACAACAGGGCUAUUUCCUACCACCUAAUGAAGGACUACAAAAAUGCUUUGAAAGAUUAUGGGAUUGUUCUUCUUCUUGAGGCAAAAAAGGGCAUUGUCUUGAAAGUCCUGAUCAACCGUGGACUACUCUAUAUAGAAUUGGACCAGUAUGCUAAUGCCCUGGAGGAUUUUACAGAGGCAAUGCUGAGCAAGCCAAAAGACAGUCAACUAUUUAAAGUUAUUGGACAAUGCUACCACAGACUUCAGAAAUAUGAAGAAGCCGUGUAUUCAUUUUCUGAGGUUCUUAAAAUAGAUCCCUUUUCUCUGGAUGGCUACAUUGGACGAGGAAAUUCAUACAUGGAAUAUGGUCAUGUGGAAGGCACUCAACGUGCUCAGAAGGACUUCUUGAAAGCAGUACAUUUGAAUCCAAUUUCUAUAAAGGCUCGAAUUUGCUUAGGAUACAAUUUGCAGGUUCUUGGAAAAUUUCAGAAAGCAUGGGCCCAGUUCACAACAGCUAUUCUUAUUGAUCCCAAAUGUCACAUUGCUUAUGAUGGGCGAGCUAUAGUCUGUCUUCAGAUGGGUGAUACUUUUGCUGCUUUUCAGGAUACAAAUGCUGCACUGAAGAUAACUACCAGUGCAGAACUACUUACAAAUCGAGGUGCCAUUAACCAAUCUAUGGGAUAUUUAAAUUGUGCUAUGCAAGACUAUCAGCAGGCUAUCACGGUUGACCCUAGCUAUGCUUUGGCAUAUUUCAAUGCAGCAAAUAUCUACUUUCUUAACAGACAGUUCUUACAGGCAAAUAACUACUAUUCCAAGGCACUGACACUUGAUCCCACAAAUGAAUCUGCAUUUCUGAAUCGUGCUAUUACUAAUACUCUGCUAAAGAAUUUUGAAGAAGCAAAAGCAGAUUUUGAGAAAGCAAUUUGCCUUUCCCCUUUUUCUGCAGCAAUAUAUUUUAACAAGGCAAAUCUCUACAACACUUUACAGCAAUAUAAACAAGCUGAAGAGGACAUUUCAAAAGCACUGUCAAUUCAGCCUUAUGAUUCUCUGAUGUACAAGCUCAGAGCUGAUAUUCGUGGAAAAAUGGGUUUAAUUACAAAAGCAAUAGCUGAUUACAAGAAAGCUAUCAGUAUCCAGGAGCUUAUCAGUACUGGGUGAACAGACAUCAUUCGGCAAGCAGUAACAUGAGGACUUCCAUUAGUAGGACUUAUAAAGUUCACCUGUAUUUUGCUGCUGGGUAGAGUAUAUACUAAUCUGGUUAUUUCUUGUCACGAUGUUUAAAUUUUAUAUAUAUUUCUGUAUUUACCUUGUUUACACAGUUCAGUAGUGAAUAUUACAUUUGUAUUUUGAAAGUAGUAUUUGUUGUACAACUCUCUGCUUUUCAGAUGGGAUGAAAGUAUAUAAAUGUUUAAUGAACAAAUAAAAAUAAGAAUCGCUUCAAUAUUUAUUAAAGUGCUUGUUUGCUUAUUUAUUUAUACCUCACCUUUUCUACCAGUGUGGGACCUAGAACACAAUUAAAACAAGUUACUGAACAUGUUACUGAAGAUAAGUA